AGCUGCAAUAGAUUUAAUGGAUGAUUUAUGGAAAAAAUCUCAUCCUGCGUUAAAACGCGGGCUAUCGUCAUUACAGCCAAAAGUUGAAACUAUUGCAGCUUCAAUUGGCAUACAAAUAAAAUUUCCUAACUUGGUUGAGGAGAUUUCUGAUGACAAACACAUGGAACUUGAAGAAAAUGAUGAUGGGAAUAAUGGCAAUUCCAGGUCUGGUGUAUUGCCAAUAUCAAAACAAUCGAAGGAUCGCCAGUUACGUUCUACGACCGUGCAGUCUCGUAACACUGCGAAUGAACCAACAACCACUUCUACAUCCGACGGAGAAGAAAACGAAGAAGAGACUACACCACCACCAGUUUUACCCACAAAACGCGUUAAAAGAAAAAUUAUUGUUACUUCAUCUGAAGAAGAACAAGAAGUAGAGCAACCGAAUAAUCGAAAAAAUCGGUCAUCACGUGCUGCACGUUCUCUGGCACAACGAACAACACCACAAGCUUCUAGGCAUAAAAGUGCUUCAAGUAAUAGCGAGUUACCAAUAGAAGAAGAUGGUAGCACUCAGAAUAAAACACCUCGUUCAAGAACGAGGGCGGUCACGGCUCAAACGACGUCCUCAAGAUCUGCAAUGAAUACCUCUCAGCUUUCAGGUGGCAAACGUAAGAGUACUAUUCCAACUGCGUCACGGAAGAAGCAACCAAAAGUUUCCGAAGAAUCGUAA